AUGCCUCAGCCACCAAACAAGCCUCUCCCUCCCUCGGCCCAGCCCAGGCUCGGCAAGGUCUUCGACCCUUGGAACUCGAGCAGCACCGGCCACCAGCGCCCCGACACAAGGCCUGGCCUCGGCUGGCGCGACAGCCGCAACCGCAAGCUGAUGGGCCAGUUUCGCGCCGGGCACACGGGCGGCGCCCCGCGAGAGCGACACGCACGGCGCCGGCAGCGAGGACUUUGA